AUGCGUUCCGUUCUCGCCCUCGUCGCCAUAGCGCUUGCCGUCGCUUCCCCUAUCGCUGCCGCGGCUCACCCUCACCCCGCCGAGCACAAGCACGAGCACCCCCACCAACGCACCCCCGCUAAAGUCGAUCACCACCAUGGCCAGCACAAGCGUAUCACCAAGGUAGUCAAGAAGAGUGGCCAUCUCAAGGACGAGGAUAUCAAGAUCGUGAAUUUCCGUGAGUCCGCUGUCGUGUGGGGCUCUCGGCAGUGGUGUGGCCCAAAGACCGCCUAAGACACCCCCUGAGGACGGUGUCCUCGCCCCUGAGUGCCUGAGCGCGCACGUCAGCGGCGCGGGUCAUCGCUUCGUCCUUGCACUAGAUCGACAUACGCUGUAAACCUACUGUAUGUCAGCUACCAUGAAUCCCCACUGACGCAGCAACUUCUUUUAUUUUUUAGUUCUCACGCUCGAGGUGGGUUGCUCCCAGCCUCAGGCCAAGAUGACGGACUGCAGCUGACGACUCACGCAUGCCUUUAACGCUCUUUUAACCGCCCGAACAGUUCAUGGAAGCGAAUUUCUUGUAAGUUUUACCUCGCCAUACCCAGUUGCACUUGCGCAUACCCCCCAACCUUCAUACUGACCGCGCCUUCGCCGCCCCUCUCAUGAACUCGUACUCGCUCGAAACACCGCGAUGGAACAUCCGGAUGGCUGCUCCAUUCCAUCCCUCAUAGCUCCCAAGGUGUGAAGAACUUCACGAAGGAAGAUUUCAAGCAUGUGCCCACGUUGUUCGAGCGCUUCCAAGACAUCGCCACUCAGGAGUCGGACCACGUCGCGACCUUGAAGCAGGUGCUCGGUCACAACGCCGUCUCCCCCUGCGAGUACGAUUUCGGCGAAAGCUUGCACAGCGUCGAGAGCUUCCUUGCUACCUCUCGUGCAUUGGAGACCGUCGGCACUUCAGCUUACCUCGGCGCGACCCCUCACUUGUCCACGUCCGAAUUGAUCGGUACUUCCGGAUCAAUCUUGACCAUCGAGGCACGUCACUCGUCGCUCCUCAACGAAUAUGAGGCCGAAACUGGUUUCCCCACCGCGUUCGAGACCGCGCUCAACUUCAACCAAUCUUGGACGUGAGUUGUAUCCUGAUCUUGUCGGGUUCAUCGUGCUGAUGCCUGUCUCGUGGCUGCCCCCCGGUACGCUCGAACAGCCUCGCCUACAAAAUGAUCAAGCCCAACACGUGCGGUCCCAAGAAGCCCCUCCCCGACGGUCUCGCCCCCUUCCCUGAACUGACCAUCGUCACCCCCAAGGCUGUCAAGGGCAAGAAGCACGCCAAGGAGUCCGGCCUCUUGCUCCAGUUGCCCGACCUCGCGGUCCCCAACGUUGCCAAGGCACCCAAGGGCAAGAUCGCUCCCGGUACUUCGCUCCAUGGCAAGCUCUACGCCGCCUUCCUUAACAACGGCGAGACCUUCUACGCUCCCAUCGAGUUCGUUCACGGUGCUACCCUUGCGAACGUUCAGCCUCCCAAGGGCCUGAAAGGCGCGACUUACAUCAUCGUUACCAAGUCAGCGGACAGUCUCUCGAACGAGAACACCGUCGCUGGUCCCACCAUCAAGUUCUUCUAG